UGCGAUUCUUCAGCCAGAAAAUUUUCGGCUUCAGCACUUUACGACGACAGUCCUACAGCCUGGCAGUGCGCAGCAUGUCGGUCAACUUCCUGCUUUCCGAGUCUGCUACAGGAUACAGUCUCUAUGAAGUCGUACAGGCUGAAGAGAUUGGCGCCCAGACGAAAGAAGUACAAGAGGCUGCUCAGGAUCUGAGCAAAUUCGGCCGCUAUGUCAAGCUCAAGUCGUUCGCUCCCUUCAAAAACGCGGCACAUGCUCUAGAGAACGCCAAUGAUGUCUCCGAGGGUCUUGUUCACGAGCAUCUCAAAGCAUUUCUGGAGAUGAACUUGCCGAAGGCGGGCAAGAAAUCCAAGCCGGUCUUGGCCGUAUCCGACAAGAAUCUGGCAGGCAGCAUCAUGUCAGCCUUACCUGGUGUCGAAUGUAGUGCAGCUGAGCUUGCUCAGGCACUGUUGCGCGGCGUACGUCAGCACGGCCCAAAGUUGUUGAAGCAGUUGCAAGCUGGCGAUAUGGAAAGGGCGCAACUGGGCCUCGGCCACAGCUACUCUCGCUCAAAGGUCAAGUUCAAUGUAAACCGCUCGGACAACAUGAUCAUUCAGGCUAUUGCGCUCAUCGAUCAGCUUGACAAAGACAUCAAUACCUUCUCCAUGAGGGUUCGUGAGUGGUACUCGUGGCAUUUCCCAGAGCUUGUCAAGCUCGUCAACGACAACCGCAGUUUUGCCAAGCUUGCUAUGGUCAUUCGUGACAAGAAUAGCCUGAACGAUGAGCGUUUGCACGAGAUUGCCUCACAUGUGAGUGACGAUGAGACAAUUGCUCAGUCAAUCAUUGACGCUGCCAAAAUAUCCAUGGGCCAGGACAUUUCUGAGGCUGACAUGGAAAAUGUCAUUACGUUUGCAGAGCGUGUCGUCAAGCUGGCAGAUUAUCGCAUCCGUCUGCACAAGUACCUAGUGGACAAGAUGGCUGUCGUUGCACCGAAUCUUGCUGAGCUGAUCGGUGAAAUCGUCGGUGCUCGUCUCAUCUCUCAUGCAGGCUCGUUGACGAACUUGUCAAAGUACCCAGCCUCGACCAUUCAAAUCCUCGGUGCCGAGAAGGCUCUCUUCCGUGCGCUGAAAACGAAGGGCAACACGCCAAAGUAUGGCCUGAUCUACCACUCUUCAUUCAUUGGCAGGGCAGGUCAGAAGAACAAAGGGCGGGUCUCUCGAUUCCUGGCCAACAAAGUAUCUAUCGUCUCUCGCAUCGACAACUUCACAGAUGUGCCAUCGACCAAAUUUGGCGAAGUGCUCAAGAGGCAAGUAGAGGAACGGCUUCAAUUUUAUGAGACUGGCGAGACACCCACCAAAAACGAGGUUGCCAUGAAGGAGGCCAUGCAAUCUGUCCUCUCAGAUAUCAAAGUGGCUGUUCCCGAAGUCGAGUCUAGCAGCUCCAAGAAGAAGGCAUCCAAGUCUGACAAGACUGAAAAAUCUAGCAAAAAGGACAAGAAGCGGAAAGCAGAGGAGACCGGCGAGAAAUCGUCCAAGAAGAAGAAAAAGUCGAAAGACUGAUGUUCGUCUCUGAGUCCUGUGUAUAGUCUUCUAGCAAGCCAUGUCUUCUCCGCGCUGAGCCUUGUGAUAUCAGGGCUUCUUCCAUGCCUCACCGAGUUUGCGGCCGUGAGAUUUGGCGCGCGCCAUGUCAUCCGUCGACCGAAGCUGGCUGGAUCUGUCAUCGAGCACAUCGGUCGGCUUCUCGUAGUCAACAGCAAAACAGGGGUCGCCGGAGCACAGCACAGGGAUAGGGAUGAGUGCUGCGACGCCCGUUACAGUCCCGUGCAA